UUAGUUUUUGUGCGAAACAAUGGGUAUUAGGUUUUAUCGAAAACAUCCCCAUUGAAGAGGAAAAUAUAAAUCUUUAUUUUUCUUGCUUCUGUCUGUUGAAUACUGGGGCUAUUUCAAGGUUACACCAAACGGAACGAUGGAUUAUAAAAUGGCCUUCCCCAUCGGAUAUAACGUUUGGAUUUUGAUUUUUGUCGUAGUUAAUGCUCAAAAUGAGGUGGUGGAAGAACACGCUGGUCCUAGCACAGACUGUACCAAAAGUACACGUGAUGAAUCAAACUCAUCAGUUGCCAUUAACGGUUCAACCUGUUCUUUACAACGCAUCGGGUGUGGCAAACAGCUAGCUUGCGACAGGAAACUGUUUGACAGUAUCCCAGUUGAAUACCCCCAUAUCUUGGAUGUAAAGAUAUGUUCUCUGAACCUGAGUAAUAACUUGAUUUCUGAUAUUCCAAACAAGGCUUUCCAUCACUCAGGGUUAAGGUUAGAAAAUAUUUAAAAUCUGUACUUAGAUGAUAACAUGAUACAGUUCAUAUGCCCAGAAGGAUUCUAUGGGCUUACGAAUCUUCAGUUUCUCAACCUCUCUGCAAACAAACUAACUUGGCCGGACAGUUUUAUGAAUGGAAUAUUCGCACCGAUAGUUAGAUUGGAAUCAUUAAACUUACAUGGCUCAAAAUUCAGUACCUUUACAGGCUUGGGUGAAGAAAUGAAAAUGCUGAAGAAUCUGAGAAGUUUGUCCAUGAGUCCAUCACCUAGAGCUGGACAUCUUUUCUUUGAGAAGGAGUUUUUGGAACUGAAGAACCUUGUAAACAUAAGUUUUUAUGAUAUGUUUGGCGAUUGCAAGAUCUACAAUAUAAGUGACAAAGCAUUCCAGAACGUCCCAUAUGUGAAAGUUCUUAAUCUCGACAAUUGCCAUAUCAAAACAAUAGGUCGACAGGCAUUUAAGCCUAUGAACAGUUCCCUUCAUGCCCUUCAUUUAUCACAAAACGAAAACCUCAAGUUUUCAGACAUGAACGACGCUUUGGCUGGCUUGGAAAACUCAAGCGCAUUGAUUACGUUAAGAGCCAAUCAGAUACACCAUUUCUCUGGUUUAGGUAUAGCCCUGCAAGUUUAAGACAUCCAAUACCUUAAAACACUUAAAUAACUGCAGUAUUUGUAUCUGGAUCUAAACAAAAUCGAGGUUUUAGAUAAGAAAAUAUUAUUUCCUAUGUAUAUGCUACCACGAUCACUCACGACAGUAACCCUUGUAGGAAACAGGCUAGUGGUUGGCGAUUAUAUUUAUUACUUGUUCAAAGCAACAAACAUCACAUGUGUUGAUAUAUCCGGGCAUCAUCUUAAUUACAAUCCAUUGCCACACUACGCACCACAAGCUGUAGUUCAAAGUACAAGUUUAUUUGGUUGUUUCAAAUCUUUUACCGGAAAUACAACUUGGACAAUAAAUGUGAAUGAAGACUUUGUAAAAAUGUUUUACAGUCAAAUGGCGUCGUCAGAUUGGGCUGAUAUCUACGAUAAAGAAGAUUUUAACUUUACAUUCAAGUGUAGAUGUGAUAGAAUGCAUGCAAGUGGACUGGUGUGCUUAUCAGCCGAUGUUGAACAAAUAAAAUGGGGCAAUAGUCAUAUAUAUACCAAGAUCUAUCCAAUGAUUAUCUGCGCUAAUAAGAACCUAAGAUCCAUUGAUAUUUCCGGAAAUAUACUGUACAUGUGGGAAGGACCUGUAUUAGGACUACAACAUUUAAAACGUUUAGAUUUGUCAAACAACUAUUGUACAUACAUACACGAUGUGUUUUUCAUCGGAUUUACAGACCUGGAAUACUUAAACAUAUCCAAAAACAGUCUAACGGAGAAUUUCAAUCCUGCAAGCAAUAAAUACAAUGUUGAUAAGCUUUUUCAAAAUUCAAAGAAUUUGAGAAAUCUUGACAUGUCUGAAGUUAAAAUUAACGUUUUAGCGAGGUCUGUUUUUCAAAACUUGAUAAAACUGGAGCGUUUGUGGCUUGAUCAGAACUACCUCAAUGUCUGGUCUGCUGAGCUAAAGACCUUUAGCCUUCAACUGUUAUCAAUUGCAGGAAACAAGUUUACAUUUCUCCCUGAAAACUUAACUACUUAUCUCAAUGCACAGGUCACGAAACAUAAUGUUACUUUAAAUAUGUCAUAUAUGUCUCUUGAAUGCUCAUGCGAGCAGCUGCCAUUCUGGAAAUGGUUGAGUACGACCAAAGUACACAUACGAGCGGAUAAAGUCUAUCAAUGCAUGCUAAAUGGGAAACCGCAACGGGUUAAAUAUCUGGCUGACUUUAUAAAGUUUGUCAACACAUUGGAGCACGUUGAAUGCAAAGACCAAAAAUGGAUAACAUGGCCAAUAUCUGGAAGCAGUGCCCUCGUUGCCGUUAUGUUAACACUAUUUAUAAGCACCAUUGUAUACCGAAAUCGAUGGAAACUGCGGUAUGUCUAUUAUAGCAGAAAGCGUCGAUAUGUGCAUGCAGGAUUUGAUCGAUUGUUUUCAAAUGACGCCAUGUUUUCAUACGCCAAGGGGAAAGGCAAGCUUUAUCAAGAGCUCCGUCGUUCCUUCGCUAGAGCACAUCCAUGAUCUUUCUCUUUGGAUACAUGACAGGGACUCAGCUGCGGGUGAAUCUGUUGCCGAGAAUAUAACACAUGCAAUUGGUACGAGCAGUUAAACCGUUCUCUUUAUUGACAACGAAUAUCUUACUGACUCGUGGCGCGGGUAUGACAUGAACAUUGCUUUGGUGGAAUCUGUGGAGACCACAAGAAAGCUGAUUAUUGUUGUUCUGAUGGAAGGACUUAAUGCGGACCGACUGCCAAUUCACGUUCUUAGGCUGCUGAGAGAUGAAAUAUUGCUGGAGUAUCCCGAAUCUGAGAACGGCAUUGACCUUGAGACAUUGUGGAAAGAACUUGCACUUGAAAUAAGAAAGUAGAUGAAUUCAUAUUGAUAUGGUGUUCAGUAACAUUAAGUCCACGUUUAUAUUAUAAUUCUAGAAGUGAUGAUUUCAGUGUUCUUUGUUGUAUGUGUGGACGAUGAUUUUCGUAUAUCAUUUGUAAAAUAGUAAAUAGUGCGUACUCCAAUCAUUCUAUCAGCCUUAGUCUUUUAUCAAUAAAUAUCAAUAAAGCUGUAUAAUUUGAAAUCAAUUCAAAAUCGAAAACAAAUGGAUUUCUUUUAUCUGUUUUCAUUUUGAAGGUCUGCUAGAGGUUUGUUUUGUUAAUUUCCUUAUUUAUGUUAAUAAUAAAGCAGCUGCAAACCCAUAGCAACAAGGUGGUUACAAUACAUUAGCGGAGUUUUUGAUAACAAUAGAGGAGUGACGUCAUAGGUAACGUUACAUGGUCUAUCUGUCACCAAAAUGUUUUAUUUAGUUCAUUAUUAUCUUGUGGACGAUACCAGAAUAAAUUAAACAUUGGUUACUAAAAAAUGUACAGUCAAAUUGACAAAAAUACAAAUAUCAAACUCACGCAAUCACACAAUAAUAACAAAUUCAAAACCUACCGAUUUUGGAUCGAACACACAAAGUGCUAAACAACCUUCUCUUAAAACCUCUGGAUUCUAUUUAUGUGCUAUCUGUGACAAGCUCAUGCUGUAAAAUGUAUAGAAUAAAAUUUUGAAAAGACAAAGAUUGUGAUUUUAAAACAAAUCAUGCAGCAUAUUAUUAAAAAGAAAUAUGUAACACACCUCAGCACAACCUCCCUAAAAGAAAUCCCAAGCUAGCUAUUCACAUAAGCAACCUACACACCAACUUUCAAUUCUGUCCAUCAAUGUCAGCUUAAGUUAUUUGGCGGAAACCAAUGUUUGCAUAUGCGUAGCUAAUAAUACUGAUUUUGUUCAAUGACGUUUCUAAAAGUAUAUAAAGUGGUUGGAAUUGUGGAACCCUCAGGUGUAUAAAAGUGAAAAUAUUGGCGGAGGCGG